GACACGGCACUGCAACGUGGUGCUGUUCAUGAGCUCGGUGCGGGACGAUGGCUUCCCCACCGUGGGGCUGGACACCAAGGAAGGCCGGGACCAGCUGUACUGGAAAACCAUCCGGGCCUUCCAGUACGUCCACCAGCACCACCUGGAGCAGGCUGACUGGUUCCUCAAGGCGGACGACGACACCUUCGUGGUGCUGGACAACCUGCGCUGGCUGCUGGCCAACCACAAGCCUGAGGAGCCCGUCUACUUCGGGAAGCGCUUCAAGCCCUUCGUCAAGCAGGGCUACAUGAGCGGCGGGGCUGGCUACGUCCUCAGCAAGGAGGCCCUGAGGCGCUUCGUGGAGGGCUUCAGGACCCAAGUGUGCACCCACACCUCCUCAGUGGAGGACCUGGAGCUGGGCCAGUGCAUGGAAAAGAUGGGGGUGCAGGCGGGGGACUCUCGGGACACCAAGGGGCGGGAGACCUUCCACCCCUUCCCCCCAGAGAGGCACUUGAUGGAGAAUCUCCGGCUUGAUCACUAUUAUCCCACCUACUCCUUCUACCCCAUCCUGCUGGGUGCCCAGAGCUGCUCGGAUUUAUCCAUCUCCUUCCACUACGUCAGCCCGGAGGAGAUGUACAUGUUGGAAUACUUGAGCCGACACCUGCGCCCGCACGGAUACCGACCCCGCUACCAGCCGGCUCUAACGGCCAGGAACCACACGGAGCCCAGGGAGGGGUGACUGGCGGGGGCUCCGCGGACGGACCCCAGUGAAGGGUGCGAAACCCCAAGGGCCGGGGUUACACCAGCGGUGCUUUAGAGGUGCUCGGUGCCUGGAGCCCAUGGUGCCAGGGGCCAUAUAAAGGCACCAGAGGGGAAGGAGGGGGUAUUUGGCACUGGAGCGUGAACUCAGAGCAGAGGCGGGGGGAGGGGGGGGCUCUCAGGCAGGGCACUUCAGUGGGUUUGGGGGGAGGUUGUUGUUGGGCACCCAAGCUAAGGGAGUUUGGGGGGUCCCCAGCUAAGGGGGGCAGAUCCUGCUUACAUAUAAGGUGUCCUAUUGUCAUUACAACCCUCCCUUCUCUUUAGCUACCUCUGGCUGAAAUGAGGGUUUGUCCCUGUGGGGUGUGGGGGGAGCCCACUGCACUGAUCACGGCGGGUGAGGG